AUGGAGAGCUCUGCUAAGGUCCACGUUCAUCCUGUUGUCCUCUUGUCUAUUAUCGAUUCUUACGAGCGUCGUAACGAAGAUUCUACCAGGGUCAUCGGCAAUUUUGAUAAGGGUAUUAUUGAAGUAACUAACUCAUAUGCUGUCCCUUACAAAGAAUCGGACCAUGACAUAAACCGAAACGAGCGCAUUGUUGGUUGGUAUGCUAGUGGAAAUGAGAUAACUGAACACGCCAAACUCAUCCAUCAGGAUUAUUAUAUGCAGCACUACAAAGAUGCUAUAUUCCUUCUUGUUGAUGCAGAAUUAUCCUUUGGUAACAAAAUGGCACUCAAAGCCUUUCGCAGCAGACCUGUUGGAGUUCCUGGUGCAACCAGAGGCAUUAUAUUUCUCCCACUGGAUGUUGAUGUCGAAUGCAAUGGUCCUGAACAAACUGCCGUCCAUAUGAUGGCUGGUGGCUCUGCUGCCCGGUCGAAAGACAAAUCUGAGGUUUGGCGCGUUAACAUUGUCUCUUAUUCAUCCAUUAAUCGUUUGACUUUUAACUGUGAUUUAUGGUUCACUAUUUUUUCCUAUAAUUUUUUGCAGAUGGGCGAUGACCUAAUCUACCUAUGUCAGCUAUCAAGUCGCAUUCAAGAAAUGCUAGAUCAUGUAUUGCUAUAUGUUGAGCAAGUCGUAACCGAAUCUAAGCCCAUGGAAAGUAGUAUUGGACGAGCUAUUGCACAAUUAAUAUUCUCCAUUCCUAAAUUAGAUCCAGAACUGAUUGAUAAUCUCAUCAAUUCAAGCUUCAGAGACUUGCUUAUGAUCACUUAUCUUACAAACCUAAUAAAGACUCAUUUGAAACUUCUAAACCUUGCAAAUUAG